CAAAUAAGUCCAGCCACUGUGGGUUACGAACCCCUAACCCACCCGCUUCCUCCAAGAACCGAGUAUCUCUGUCUUGCCCAAAGUUUUCCAUGUCUGUUGUCUUUGGGGCCCAGAUUUUGUUUCCUUCUUCUCUUCUCCCCCCAUCUUGCAUUUCCUGUUUGGGAUUAACCCAGGUUAGCUCAAAUCUGUGGAGGAUAGGCAUGAACAUACAGGAGACAAUUAUUCAAUUCGCGAUAAUGACAAGUUCAUCACUUUUUCAGCCAUGAGAUACUGGGGUUAUUUUUUGUUUUAUUUUUAGGGGAAGGAGUGAGUUUGGAAAGAAAGAGGAAGGUUUUCUUAUUUUAAAAUACCUUUCCACCCCUCGUUGAAUGGUAUGUGCCGCUCUCCCAGUAGCUCAGCCGGGAGUGGACUCGACCUUUGCCAGUGUGGCGCGGGGGUUUGGGGUGUCGAUCCCCUCCCCUUCCCUGGAGCAGGGUGAUAAGGUGGACCAAUUAAUAGGCUCAUCAACAGUGUACUACGGUGCUUCAUUUUCUUUUGGUGAUUUUUUGACAAGCAUUUCCCCUUGUCUCUUCCACGCCACAAAACUGCCUUCCUGACACCCACCAUGGAGGAAUCAUCAUUGUCAGAUCUGGAUCCUCCACUGAGCCAGGAAACCUUCUCAGAUCUAUGGAAAUUACAAUGGAACAAUUUGCCAGAUGAUUUGUCGAACAUAGAUGAUAUGCCGUUAAUGUCAUCAGACAAUAUGAGCUGGCUCGGAAAUGAGGAAGAAAACCCUGGAUUUCAGGUGCCUGUGCCCCCAGUCAACCUGCCCACAUCAUCUGCUGUUCCUUCCCGAAAGGACUAUCCUGGGGAAUAUGGCUUCAGCCUUGGUUUUCUACAAUCUGGGACUGCCAAGUCAGUCACCUGCACGUACUCCCCUGAGCUGAACAAGCUAUUUUGCCAGCUGGCCAAGACCUGCCCUGUCCAGCUCUGGGUCAACUCACCACCACCUGCUGGUGCCCGAGUCCGUGCUAUGGCUAUUUAUAAGAAGUCAGAACACAUGACUGAGGUGGUUAAGCGCUGUCCCCACCAUGAACGAUGCACCGAGCACAAAGAUGCCUUGGCACCCCCACAGCACCUGAUCCGGGUGGAAGGAAACCUGAGAGCUGAAUACCUCAAUGAUGCCACCACCAUGCGACAGAGUGUGUCUGUUCCCUAUGAGGCUCCAGAGGUGGGCAGUGAUUGUACUACGGUUCAUUACAAUUUUAUGUGCAACAGUUCCUGCAUGGGGGGCAUGAACCGGCGCCCAAUCCUCACCAUCAUAACCCUGGAAGACUCCAGCGGUCAGCUCCUUGGACGUCGAAGCUUUGAAGUACGCGUAUGUGCUUGCCCUGGAAGAGACCGCAGGACCGAGGAGAAUAAUUUACGCAAGAAGGGAGGUCACAACCCACAGCCAUCCUCUGAGAGCAAUAAGCGUGCAUUGUCCACAACUCCCGGCAGCACCCCCAAGACUAAAAAGAAGCCAAUGGAUGAAGAAUAUUUCACCCUUCAGAUUAAAGGCCGCCAGCGCUAUGAGCUGCUUCGGGAGAUUAAUGAAGCCUUGGAAUUGAAAGAUGCUCACAGUGGGAAAGAACCUGAGGGGAACUGUCCCCACCGAAGCCAAUUGAAGUCCAAGAGAGGAGAUUCUACUCCCUGUCAAGGCAAAAGACUUUUGGUGAAAAGUGAAGUUCCUGACUCCGACUGACAUAACCACCCCCACCCCAGAAUACCCUUUGUUUCUUAUUUCCCACAUGCAACCUCCUCUGAAGAAAUUGGGAAAUUCCCAAUCUUCAGCCUGAAUGUCUAACCUUAAAAAUGUUCCUCACAAAAAUAGAUAAAUUGAGAAGAGGGGCCUGCUCCCUCACAUUGCUGUUCAGUCACCCAACCCUUUGUGACCCUGUGGACCAUAGCUUUGGAGUGGUUUGCCAUUUCCUUCUCCAGUGAAUUAAGGCAAACAGUGACUUUCCCAGGGUCACACAGCUAGUAAGUCUCUGAACCAAUUUGAACUCAGGUCUUCUUGACUCCAGGCCCAGUGCUCUAUCUACUGAGCCACCUUAGCUGCCUUCCCUCACUUUAGGGUCCCUGGAAAAGAGGGGGUUGUGCUGAGAAAAGUGUUCUGAAUAUUAGGCGCAUUGGAAUCCUCGACCUCAAAGGCCCCCUUGCUUUAUAGGUGAGGAAACAAAGGUUUAAUUUAGACUCACCAAGGUCAGAGGGUGAGAAACAGGAUUUAAGCCCAGAACUGCAAAGUGGCGGCUCUGCCCCUGUUCUGCCCUGCUCCCUUGCUUAGAGCCGUGGUCUUGGCACUGUUAAGUGUUUCUACCAAUUUGGAAAGUAUGCCUGGUAAGGUGGGGAAGGGUGACAUCUGGGAUAAAAUGAGCAGGCUUUUUCCUACCCCACCCCCAGGAUUUAGUCUCUGGAAGAUUCUUCUACCAAAAUGUUUAGUACCCGCUAACGUUAAGGUAGAGUCCACAGAACUUGGGAUUGGUGAGUUUUCAUUCACCUAACUGAAAUUUACCAUUUCCUUUCAUGAUGAAUGGCUACAUUUUGAGAAGGAAGCCAAAAGUUUCACCAUACUGCCAUGGGGGUUUGACAUAAAAAUAGUGAAGAACCCCUUUACCCACCUCUAGAUUCAUCCCUCCUUCCUCGUUUUUCUCCACAAACUUUUUUUGUAUCUUGGUAUUUUUUAUAGAAUUUAUUUUCAAACAAUUAA